AUAAACCCGGGCUCCAUUCUUUUCUGCCUUCACCAACACGAGCAGGCAACCAAACAAAGCCGUCGAUAGAUUGAACCAAACGUCAAGAGAGCGAGAAACAAAGUCAGACAGCGUGCAAGAACCGGGAAUCAACGACAAUGGACAAGGUGCUGGCCUUCUCGAUCCUAAGCGUGUCGCCCGCCGACAUCGCCUCCAGCGCCGGUGCCGGCGGCAGCUGGACUCGAUUCUCCUGGCGGGGGAGGAAGCCGCAGGAUGACGACCAGGCUGGGGCAGGGAAACAGGGCAAGCAGGGCGGCGGUCUGCGGGCGGUUGCAGAGCAGCAGCCAUGCAAGGGGAAAUCGCAGUCGCCGCCGCCCUCGUCGCGGCUGCGGUUUGCGCCGGAGUUCGAUGGGAUUGACUGCUUCGAGACCAUCGUGUGCCAUUGA